AUGACAUGUUCGGUUCCAGAUUUCGAUAAUGAUGGGGUUGGUGGUCCGGAAGGAAGGUUUUCCUUGAAAAAAACAAAACGAGGUGAGGUCAACCAUGUACCAGAUCAUCCUGAAAGCUACACUGAGGAUGACUUGGAAGACCUGAGGUCUUCCCUGGUUGAAGCCAUGAAGAAGAAAAACAAGGACAUGGAGUUCAUCAGACAGAAGAUGGACAUCACAUUCUCCCUUAGGAGAAUGGAGAUUGUAGAGAUGGAGCCCAUGGUCUCAGAGGUUCUGGAGAGGUGGCCCGGUCUAUUUCUUGAAGAACAGAUUUGUCAAGAGUUCACUCGUGUGACCACCAAGGACCUGAUGGGAACAUUUAAAGCUGCCCUUGAGAUGUUCACCCCUCGUCUGCUGAAAUUGUAUCGUGCCAGGAAGGGCGCCUUUAGUCGAGAGAUGGAAACCCUUUUGGAAAUGCUUGACAAACAGAACAGACAUCUGACAUCACAAGUCAUCGCAGACAGGCAGCUGUGGAAGGUCUUCCCAUAUUUCUGCGGGAGAAUACUGGGAAGCUUUUCUCCUAGAUGCCUGGCAACUGAUGCAGAUGACAAACAGAUGAAAGGCAUCAAGAUGGGGGUCCUCACACUGCUUGAUGAUGGAGGAAACCAUUGUCCUGAAAGACAUCCCAGACACCCCGACUGCGCUUGCGUAUCUUUUUGGCUUGCUUUAUGCCCUCAACAUGGAGUUCUCAAAAGAUGUCAGGUAUACCUUUGAAACUAUCCAGCACAUUUUCAUGGAAAUGUCCACCAAUUGCUCACAGCGUGUCCGGAGCUUCAAGACCAAGCUGUUAAACCAGUGAUUCAUUUUCCAUGGGGAAGAUUUAUUUUAUCAUGUCUGUUCAUUUAUGUUUGGAUAUUUUGUAAGUCU